UGAUUGAAGCCAUAAUGGGAAGAAUGGACAGAAAAUCAUCCAUUGAAACAGAGCCCAGGACUCUCAAAAUGAACCAAAUCCAAUUCGCAAGAUUAACAGCGCUGUACGUGAUGAACACAACCAGCAUGGAAGAAGCCAUCAAGAUCUUCACAGAGGAGUAA